AUGGCUCCUUCAAUGUUGGAUGUUGUUGGCGAGAAAUUCUUACCUUUCCGGUGCCACCCUGGGACAUUAUCGUAUUGUCCGUCUAUGGACUUGAUCGCCGUUGUGACUAUUCUAAACGUUCCCGGUGAUGAUGCAGAGACAGAGCAGAAGCUGGGCGUGUGGAGGUUGAACGGGCAGCAGGUGUUUGGAUGGGACGCACCGGCUGGCUUAGCCAUUCAAUUUGUGAAGUGGAAAUUGGAUGGUCGUUUGCUUGCUUUGGGGACAAGUGAUGGAGCAAUCAGAUUACUUAACGUGAUGAAUGCAGGGAAGAUGGUGCAUUGUUUAUAUCCUCCACCCGUCGAAAGUACGGUGCGGCCGGGAUUAUCGUGUUUGGCCUGGACUGCCAAUUUUGGUGAUGUGAAAGGCAUGAAAGACUUACUGGAAGAGGAGGCCAAAGGGUCAGCGCUGGAUGAACUAUUUUCACUGGAUUUCGGUAAAAAGGCCGUGGGAAAAGUCAAGGCAGAUCUACCGAGGGAGUUGGCUUGCGGGGUUGAUGUAGAGACGAGUAUACCCAAGUUGAGUGCGCUGCCACCCGGGACGGGGGCCGGGGGAGGUUGGGGCUUUGGAGGUGGGGAUGAUGAUGUCUUCAGCACGAGGGCCUCCAUGGACGCCAUAUUUCACUCUUACAGUAGCACAUCAAACCGACCAAGCAGGUAUGACGAGGUCGAUGUUCUUCUUACUGGCUUCGAAGAUGGCACAAUUCACAUCAGGAUAUUCGAUUGCUUCGAUAUAGGCAGUGUUGAUCUUACAUCGUCGCUACCAAAAGACAGCAAGAUAUGCAAAGUGUUACGGCACGUUGCCCAUCCUCUGAGCUCAACACAUGCUCUGGCUGUCCAGACUACAACAAGGAAAGCCGCCUGUCAACUCCACGUUAUCGCGCUGGAUCUUAACUUCAUUCCGCAAACGAGCCCCUAUUACCUCUCCACGCUUGCUACAAAGUCGACGCAAUUGCUUAACUUAUUGCGGUAUCUGACACAGGUAUCAACCCAUCUUUCAAUUGAGCUUAGAGGAGCUUUCGAUCUGCCCAGUAAACUUGUUAGGAACAUUAAUGAGACUCUGGCACAAAGUGCGGACGGGCAAACAGAUUUUAUCACUGCGGCGUAUCAACUUGUUGUGACGGGGGACUGUGGUGAUGAGUUACGAGACUGGAUGAUCGACGAAGUUGGGGAAAGGAACAUCAAGAGAUGGGACAAAGCUUCCGCUCUCGGUAUGGAGAACAUUCGAAGGUUCACCCAUGAGUGUUUGCUACCAGCUCUGGAGAGGUGCCAAGUUGUUGUUUCUCGUCUGGAAGGACUAUCGAGAUUUACGAAAUCUGCUCAGGUGCUUGGGCUCGACCUACAGAGCCUAGAUCGAGUUAUGGACAUGGUUGACUGCCUCAAUCUGCUAGGGCAUUACCUGCUCAAGACUGUUAGCAAAGAGAUCAAGCAGUUCACAGCUUUCAUGAAGUGGCUCAGGCUUGAGGUUGAGAUUCAGGGUCUGGAAAGAGAGAAUGCUGGAGGACCAGGAAGUGAGAGGUUGGACGAGCUAUGCAUGCGGAGAGAUGACUUGGAUGUGAGGACGGUGCUUGACUAUAUACAAGGGGUAAUGGGCAAAAGUGCGAUGGUUGCCUUCGUCCGACCAUCAGUCGAUGCAAGGGGGACUUCACUAGAAGGACCAUCCUACGACUGGUCUCAGAAUCAAGCGGAUGUUGGUUUCUACGAGGUGUUCAAGAAAAUGCUGAAGAUAAACCUAGGACCAGGCAAGCGCCCAGAUCUGGAUGAUCUUUUACGGAGACUCACAGGUCAAGCCCAGAAAGUCUUUGAUGGGAUCGCUCAAACGCUGAGGAAGAGCGUUCUGCAUGGCAGGGUCUGCACGCUGCAACAGGACUGCAAUGCAGAUGCCACGACGGCGAGGAUGGUACUCAAAAGUGAAGGCCAACAUGAAGUCGUUUUCGCAACUACUAAUAGGACGGAGGCGAGCCAGAUAUCGUUACAUUAUAUCCCAUGGGACCCAGCACAUCCAAGCCAAGUACCCAGGGUCAGAGACUUUACAAUUCCCCAUAACGAGGGCGCACAGGGCAUACAGUUCGUUGACGAUUCAGAUUUGAUGGUUCUCAGCUCGGGCCAAGAAAAAGCACAUCUUUACACUUUGAGCUACACUUCUCCAGAUGUGGUCUGGCAAGAACGGCAUGUCUUCGACCUCAGCGGUGGUGCAAAGAUUCCUUCGGAGUUAGAGGUCAACGGGCGGAAAGGAAGGAGAGCGGCAUGUGUACUUGAAGAUGGUAUCAAGUUCACUGUUUUUGAUCUUGACAGCGGACAGCCUGACGAGGAGACGGCCCAAGAUGAAGAUACUAUGAUUGAAUGA